AUGGCAUCGUCUGUUGUUUAUCGACGAAAUCGUGCCUUAAUCAUUGGUGUCAAUAAAUAUCGACGUGAUCCAUUACAAUAUUGUGUUAAUGACGCGGAAGAUUUAAGUACAAAUCUUCGAUUUAUCGAUUUCGACAUAACCUUAGAAUUGAACUGUGCUGUGAAUCAAUUCUACAAGAUAAUUGAUAGAUUUGUUGAUACAAUUCAACAUGAUGAUUUAGUAUUAUUUUAUUUUGCUGGACAUGGUAAACAAUCGGAAGAUGAAAAUUAUUUGUUACCAUUAGAUUAUGAUUAUAAUUUUCGAAGUCAUGAACGGGACUACAUUACGAAACAUGCCAUUAAUGUACAAUAUAUCAUGAAGAAAAUAGACGAUAAAAUGUGUUGUGUCACAAUCUAUAUAUUUGAUUGUUGCAGAGAUUUGAUAAAAACUCGAGCGAAACAUAUGAAGCAAGGUUUAUCACCUAUGCAUACGCCACCAAAAAUCUUUGAUAGAAAUGGUAUUUUCAUUGAAAACUUGUUAAAAUAUAUUGCAAAAUCCAAUCACGAUAUUGAAGAUAUAAUGAGAAAUGUUGCCUGUGAUGUAAACUCUCAAAGAGGUGGUUUUCAAUUGCCAUAUCGAAUCAGCUCGCUUAUAGAAAAAUUUUCUUAG